CAGUAAGGAAUAGGCCUGUAUUGGAGACAAACGUGUUCAGUGGCAUCGCUCUUACAUCUGAUUUAGUCAUAAGUAGCUUUGUUUGAAGACAUUUGUGCAAUUUCCUAAGCAUUUUAACUUUCGAAACGGGAACGUCCUAAAAUGACGCGCGUCCCGUGUUCAGAAUCCGCUUUUAACGCGCUCUCCUUUCAUUGGAAUUGUACGAUAAUCCCUUAGAAGUGCUGGCAGUUCAUUUGUUGUGACGCGAUGGGUGCAGCUCCCAGCGAAUGGGUGGAGGGCGGAAGGACGGAGGUCGUUUUAUUUAAAGAGCGGAGCUGCGGAGCUUCAGUGAGGCGCGUGUGUUUGACGGUGGCGCCUCCAGAAGCAAUACGAAGGCGCCUUAUACGUUUAAUAUGGACCUCAUUGCCGGGUGGCUGCAGGCCGAAAGGAUUCAGGAGGCAGGUAGCCGGACCGGACCGAACUCGCCCCAUCUCCCUUAUUCGACCGGACAGCCACACCGACUCCGGCACCGGACCGCGGCAGCCCGGGUGCUCCAGGCGGCUCAACGCCGGCGGCGUGGACCGCAUCUGUAAGGUCAGGAGCCAGGACUGCGUGCAGGGACAACAACGGACCGAGCAAGGCGAACCGGGCAGUUUGCUGAUGGAUGUGGACUUGGCCGGUACCGACCUGCGAGCCAUGGCCGAGUCUCUGCAGCCUCAAACUCCCAGCCGCCACGAGAAGAGCCUGGGACUGCUCACCACCAAAUUUGUGACUUUGCUUCAGGAGGCGAAGGACGGGGUUCUCGACCUGAAAAUAGCUGCAGACACCCUUGCCGUCAGACAGAAGAGGCGCAUAUACGACAUCACAAACGUUUUGGAAGGUAUUGGUCUCAUCGAGAAGAAAUCCAAGAACAGCAUCCAGUGGAAGGGCGUCGGUCCUGGCUGCAACACACGGGAGAUCACCGACAAGCUGAUCCACCUGAAGGCCGAGCUGGAGGACCUUGACCGGCGGGAACACGAGCUGGACCAGCAGAGGGUCUGGGUGCAGCAGAGCAUCAAGAACGUGACAGACGACACGCAGAACAGCAGGCAGGCGUAUGUUACCCACGAUGACAUCUGCAGCUGUUUUAAAGGUGAUACACUCUUGGCCAUUCGUGCGCCCUCAGGAACACAGCUGGAGGUGCCCAUACCAGAGGCUGUGAUGAAUGGACAGAAGAAGUACCAGAUCCACUUGAAGAGCACGUCUGGCCCCAUUGAGGUCUUACUGGUCAACAAGGACACGUCGGGCUCAGCUCCCGUGGUCCUGCCCGUCCCACCUCCUGAGGAGAUGUUCCAGAGUCUUCCGACUGUAGCUGUGCCAAAGCCGGCUGCCCAGCCUGGGACUCAGCAGGCCACGCCCCCCAGCAGCCACAGCCCAACCGCAGCCUCUCCCGCAUCGACGCCCGCCCCCGCCAUGCCCACCUCGGAACCUUCCGGAAACAGCACUUCCCUGGAUCCAGCUCCUGAAGUCACAGUAAUGGAUCACACCCAAUCACUGGAGACACAGCCCUUGCAGUCGUCCGCGUCUCUGGACAAUGGCUCGUCCAUCUCGCCGUCCGUGGAGGUUUUCGAGCCCAUCAAGUCUGACCCGUCGGAAUUGCUGGAUUUCCCGAAAGAGCUCUCGGAGAUGUUUGACCCCACGAAAGAAAUAAUGAGUGCUGAUCUCCUGGAGGAGCUCAUGGCUUCAGAAGUGUUCUCACCGUUGCUUCGCCUUUCCCCACCGCCGGGCGACCACGAUUACAUCUACAACCUCGAUGAAAGCGAAGGCCUCUGUGACCUCUUCGAUGUUCCCAUUCUGAACCUCUGAUCACGAACUCGGCCCAGAGGGCACUUGUGAAUAAGGAUUUAACCAAAAGUAAAGAGGAUAAUAUUUUUGACCUUUUUUUUUGAGGAACAAAGGAAGAAUUAAUCUAUUUUUGGAUUCCUGUAUUAUAAGCUGAUCUAAUGAACGGACAUUUUUUGUGUUUUUUUUUUUUUUUAAAUUCUCCCCUUUUUUAAAACCCAUCAACUCAAACAGGAAGGCCUGGUAUCCGAGAUUCUGGCCACAGACACUCCAGGGACACGAGCGAAUUACUUCCAGCUGCCAAGCUGUAAAUACGAGAGUGAGGCCCCUGCAUGACCAAGAUGCCUUUUGUAAUCAGUCAUGACCAUAUUUAAGGAAGGAACUGGGCUGAAUGACGACGGACAUGAUUUGCGACUUUUACGGAGUUUUUAACCCGCAGACUUAUUGGAUUGAGUGGCAUAAGGAAGCGAGGGGCCAGAGCCAGGGGCCUGCUGGGGUUUAAAGGAAGCGGAGACUCUCGAGGAAUGGAAGAGUCGAACCUGGGAAAACAGCUGCGUCGGCUGCCGCAGCCAAGCUGCAAUUCUGAGUCUCUCCAGGAGGGGUCACCAGAGCGCAGCCAGUGUAGCUGGUGGCUGUUGGCAGCCCCAGCAGCUCGUCACCCGUCUCUGUAGCAUUUUCUUCUUUUUUUUUCCCCAAACCAAUGAUGUCACAUCAUACCUUAUGCACCACAGCUCUGCCCCAGAUAUUCAUUUAUUCAUGUAGCUUUUCAAGGCACAAAGUUUUACAAAUUAAACUGCCACAUUACAUGGACCAUGGUCUGUAGAAAUAGAAAGGAAAUAUUUAGUUUAUAUAUACAUGCAUAAAUAUAUAUUUUGAAUGGGGUUGGGUGAGGGUACAUCCUAUAGCCUAUGUCAAUGAUGUAGAGAAGGGCACGUAUGCACUGGAGCAAAAAGCAUAAAGUGGCCAUUGUUCAAAUAUUAAACAACAAUUUCACUAUAUAGCUUUCUGUUUCUGCAGCCAUAUAUGCAGAAUAGAAGCGUAAUGAGACUGUACCAAUGGACAUAUUUUAGAUUUACAUAUUUUGGGUUUUCCAUACUUGCAGGCCAAAUUGCGUAGCAUUGGAGUUUCUUCCCCGGAAAUGACUGGCCUUAAUCCUCUUUCUCCAGGGCUAUUUGAGUAGAAGGUGAAUGUCAAAGGGCUCUCAGCUACAAUGAUGACUAGCCUUGUAUCAUAGACCACGGUUCAAAGUACUGCCACUACACACCGGAGUGAACUGUCCUGCAUGUAAUCGUAUAGAUAAAUGAUUAGAGCUGUACAGUGCUCAUAUUUUGCUCCAUUUUUUUUUAUUUUGAGUCGAAAUUGAGAAUUCUGGAACUGCAAAUAAUUGAUGUCAUUAAUCAGCUGGAUUUUUGGAAUAAAAUAAUAUAAUAGCAUUUACUGCCGUUACAUGUUUUUUGGCCAUCCCUAAGGUGCUCUGAUGAUUAGACGUGUAGGUUUUACUGCAACCUGGAGCAAAGUACAGGCAGUGUGCAGCCCUCAGUGAGGGAGAGAGACACUGGCUGAUUGAUACGAGGUGCCCUCCAGCUCAGGUAAUGUCUUCUCUAGACACUUUGGCUGUAACUGUAUGUACAGUGCAUUUCCUCCAGUGAAACAAAGUGCAGUCAUAUUUACACACAGGCUGAAAGCAGGUUAUGCUGACAGAUCACAUGGAUGAUGUAAGCCAGUUAGCUAUUACAAUGCUGUCAUUUCUUCCUGUCUAUACGACGGAGAGACUGCAGAAAUAUAGUAAAUGUUUUGCACUUGUGCCUUUGUCAUAUUCCCAUUUUACUGUAAACCUGACAUACUACAGUUUUACAGCUACUCAGUUUUACUACUCCUAUAGUACUAACAUGCAUUUUCAGAUUUCUGUUCCUGCUUCUUGUAGUCCAUGUAAGCGUGUGUGAUACGGCUUUUAGUGGAAGUCUGGUGUGCCAGCCACCUCUUGCUGUUCUGUUUUUCCCCAAAGAGUAACUGGCUUCUGUAACACGUGUAAAAGGAGACUCCAUUUUGCAGUGUGCUAAACGUGGUUGAAGCUAAUCGGAAUCCUGCCUGUACUUCAUAUUCUUAUCUUCUGUAUCCUUUUCUCGUUAUUCUUAGCACAUCAGGCUUUUGUCACAGUAACACUGUUUUCUGAGGGGGGGGAGGUUAUAUAGAGAUGUGUGCACUUGGAACAUAUGGUACAACAGUCUUGUGGGAUAUCAGCUCAGGAAGGUUGUCAUGUUUGUCUUGGAUGCACAGACCAGCCGGCGCCCUCAGUUCUCAUGCUUUGAGGUUCCCAUCCGAUGUCUCGCUUUAAUGUGAGAGGAGGGGCUGCAGUGCAUUCUUCUACUUCUUAAGGCCUUGGGGGGGGCUUGACAUGCCAGCCAGUACCUCUGCAGUUGCAGAAACUGCAGCUGGGUCUAAGGAAAGUUCUCCACAGCAUUUAUCCCUGACAACUUUCAUCUCUGGAGACUUGGUCUCGGAACAUCUUUCACAACUGCGUACAAGUUUACGCACCGGGACAUAUCACUGUGCUUGCUUUCCUUGUAGGAAGUAUCUUGUAAAUCAGUGUAUUUCAUUUGUAUUUUUUUAUUUUUUUUUUGCUUGCUGUUUAUCUUGUUUCCUCAUGUUACUUAGAUGUACCCUAGGUGUAUUGAACUGAGAAUCACCAUAGCGAUACAGGUUCCUGAUUGACCCUCAGAGCUUCUGAUAAGGUUGCCAGGACACUAUCGCUAUGAGGGAGGCCUUUGGACACAGCUCUGGAGCGAGUUUCUACUGAAUGUUGAGUGUAACUGCCACUUGCAUCAGGUAAUUUUGGGUUGUUCCUCUUUUUUUAAAAAAAAAAAAAAAAUCAGCAUAACAUACUUCUGUUUUUUCCUCAUUGUUUGCCGUUCAGGUUUCUCCUUAACCACCAGGUCUUACUAUACAUUAUUUUCCCAAGUGUUAGGCAGUGCCAGGUUAUUCCAUUGAGUCUUUUUUUGCCUUCUGUGUGCGAGAGCAAUUUGUGUGAAUGCUUUUUAAAGUUGUUAUAGAAUAAGCAAAUACUCCGGCUGUACGUCUGUUGUCUUCUGAUGAUGACUUUGUUUCACAGCAGCCCUUUCCUGUGUUUUAUGGUUUUGUAAAUUCUCAGUCUCUUGGUCACUGGCCAGAUACUCCUGUUUAACCCAGAUAUGUUUUAAAGGUUCUGAGUGGAUGUGUUCUUCAGAUAGCAGUUAUGUAUUUCUUUCUUGUUCAUACCAUUCAAAGAGGCUCUGUUCUGUUUUAUACAAGUAAACAUUUAUUUUUAUAUUUGUCAUAUAAAACAAAUGUUUGGAUAGUUGUUAUAUACAGUAUGGAAUUGUAUUGAUUCAGUUAUCUGUAUCAAACCAAGUCAUCUCAACAGCACUUUACAUCAGUACACCCGGUAACAGUUGCACCUACCAAAAUCAUUGGAAGGUAUUGGUUAUGUCCCUGAAGUAUUCAUAUUCCAGGGAAUUCUUUCUGUAUUUUUCUAAACCUAUGAUGUUUUUAGAACCUUUGAAUGAAAAGUAUGUAACAGACAGCUGUAGUUAUCCCUCUACCACAAGAGAAAACGAAAUAAAGAUUUUUAUAUGUUUUCCUAA